AUGUCUGCUGUCGAAGGGGGCAGCAAGCAUGUGCUCGUGGUGGAGAAAAGCCCUAAAGAUUGGGUUGGCGGGAACGGCUAUUUCACAGCAGGAGCACACCGCACGGUACAUGGUGGUGUAAAGGACCUUCUGCGGAUCGUGCAGAAUGUCAGUGAGGAGGUAGCGACUACGAUUGAUAUCGAGCCGUAUUCCGCGGAAGAGUUCAUCGGGGACAUCAUGCGGCUCGGGGACAACCAGUCCGACCCGGCGAUAGUGCAGGCCGUCGUGGAGGGGUCGAGUGAUGCUGUUCAGUGGCUGGCCGAUUCCAUCCAGGUUCCCUUCACUUUGGCUUUCAACAGACAAGCCUAUCUGGUGAAUGGCCGGCAGAAGUUCUGGGGCGGCAUGGCCCUCAGCGUGGAGGACGGCGGAAAGGGGUUAAUACGGGCGCACCAGCAGGCCUUGGAGAAAGCUGGCGUCGAAGUCUGGUUUGAUACGCCUGCUGUCGAGUUGGUUGUGGACUCAAACAGCUGCAUUGCCGGACUGAUCGUCCUUCAUAAUGGUGAGCGGCUACUGUUAUCCACUCCGGCAGUCAUCCUCGCUUGCGGAGGCUUCGAGUCCAGCACCGAGCUGCGUGCAAAGAAUUUGGGGCAGGAGUGGACACAUGCCAAAGUCCGAGGCACGCCGUACAACACAGGGGAUGGAAUUGCGCUUGCUCAAGCUAUCGGCGCGAAGGUUGCAGGCGACUUCGCAGGCUGUCAUUCUACGUGUUGGGACGCAAAUGCGCCACCCGAUCGUGGCGAUCGUGCCUUGAGCAAUCAGUUCACGAAAUCGGGAUAUCCUCUCGGUAUCAUGUUGAACGCACUCGGCAGACGCUUCGUCGACGAAGGCGAGGACUUCCGCAACUACACGUACGCUAAGUUCGGGCGCGAGAUUUUGCGUCAGCCUGGAGGCUUCGUAUUUCAGGUGUGGGACUCUAGGACAGUUGAUUGGUUGCGGAAUGAAGAGUACGGCGAUGAACUAGUGGAAAAGAUAUGGGCUCAAAGUGUUUCCCAACUGGCGGAAAAGUUGUCAUCGAAGGGUUUGCAAGAUACUCGCGAGUUCAUCUAUACGAUUGAGUCAUACAAUUCCGCCGUGCGCGCUUUUCAGCUCGAAAAUGCCUCGCUCGAGUGGGACCCUGCUAUCAAGGACGGGCUGUCAAGUGAAUCAUCCACGACCUCCCUGCAACCCCCGAAGUCGAAUUGGGCUUUACCUAUCGAGCAGCCUCCCCUCCUGGCCGUGAAAGUGGCUUGCGGUAUCACAUUCACCUUUGGAGGGCUUGCAAUUUCCCCGGAUACUGCAGGUGUGAUCUCCAGCAGGACAGAUAAGCCGAUCGUCGGGCUUUUCUGUACAGGGGAGCUCGUCGGAGGCUUGUUCUUUAAGAACUAUCCCGGCGGCAGCGGUUUGACUGCAGGCGCGGUGUUCGGGCGAAAAGCAGGACAUGCAGCUGCGGCAUUAUCGUUGCGUAACUCGUAG